AUGGUGCAAGCUGCUGGGAGCGGCAGUAUCCUUCUAUUCAUACCUGAUAAGCCAGCACAAUACUCUGCUGCACCGGCAGUCAGUGCCACAAAAUACCGCAACCUAACCCCCAAACACGCUCAUGUAGUUAUAGGUAUGGUCCGUGAAGCUCGGCAGCUACCAUGCUCUCUUUUCAAGGACGAGGACCUUUUCAAUUCUUUCCUUUUCCACCGCCCUCCGCAAAUCAUGUACCGUCUUGAGCUUUUAACGGAUGACGAGAUCCGGCAAGAACCUAUAGACUCAGACCAGCUUUUCACUAUUUCAAAGCCAUUGAAAACAAAAUGA